AUGUCUCGCACCCCCAGAAAGUCGACCGGCAACGGCUCAGUGACGAGGUCUUUGGGCCCAGUCGAAGGAUCCAAGCGCCCGCUGAGCAGGUCCAAGGCGCCCUCCAAAGGCCCAGGCCUCCUCACGGUCCUCAGUGCCCUCUUCGUCGUGUUCGCCGGCAUCAUUGCGGCGCUCGACCGUGUCCGCGCCAACUUCUACAUCUUUGAGCCGGCCAAGCUCCACGCGCUGACCCGGGAGGCUCUGGCGCAGAACCACAACUCGACCGAGGCGCUCCUUGAUGACAUUCUCGCGAGACUUCACGCCGAUGACAAGGUCGGCAGGUACCUCAACACGCGCAGCAUCAAGGAUGAAAACGAGUGGAUGUUCAACAAUGCCGGUGGUGCGAUGGGUUCCAUGUACAUCAUCCAUGCGUCCAUCACAGAGUACCUCAUCUUCUUUGGUACGCCAAUUGGCACCGAGGGGCACACGGGGCGUCACACUGCCGACGACUACUUCCACAUCCUCGUGGGCGAGCAGCACGCCUUUAGCGCAGGCGCCCUCGAGGCCGAAGUCUAUGCGCCAGGCUCGCAGCAUCACCUCCGCCGCGGCCACGUCAAGCAGUACAUGAUGCCCGACGCAACGGGCGGGGGCUGCUGGGCCCUCGAACUGGCCCAGGGCUGGAUCCCGCCGAUGAUGCCCUUCGGACUGGCCGACACGCUCUUUAGCACGCUGGACCUGCCCACGUUUGUGGUCACUGCCUGGAUCACAGCGAGAGAGAUGGCGGGUAACCUCUUGAUUGGGAAAUUCUAGAAGGUGCGAAAAGCCAAGAUCAAUCGACGGGGUUGGGCCCAAAGAGUCCGGGGCAAAGCCUGUUCCUUCCCACUAGAGCUUCGACUGCCGAAGCACCGUUUCGAGAUCGGCGUACUGACGAUACUCGUCGAGGGCUCCUGGGUUCGCCGUCGCUGUGCUUGGUCGAAAGGCCGUGUUUCCACACACGAUGGCCUUUACCGCCAGUUCCGUCUGUAGAUUGAGUGUCGUCAGCCAUUGCCAAUAACUAAUGCAAUAAUGAAGAGAAGUAAGAAAGUUGCUGAGCUACCUCCGCGCCCCUCACCUUUUUGCCGUUGCUCGUCACGGGAAUGUCCUUUACAGCAAAGAUGUGGGCGGGGACGUGGCGGGGCGAGUAGGCAGUGCGGAUUGCUUUCUUCAUGUCGUCGAUCUGCCGUGGCGAGAGGCCUGCCUUGGCGUCGUGGAGCUU